AUGGUGAAGAGAGUGAGGUAUGAUUCGGGACCAUUGUCCCUGCAAAAGCACAACCAUGUGUGUGUCAAGUUAGGAGUCUCAAUUUUCUUGGUGGGUCUCGCUGUUCGCCUUCUCUUGUGGGAUUCAUUCAGUUUCUCGUCAGUGGUGGAGACAUCUCCUCUGGAAGAUGCAAAAGCAGAGUCCCCUGUUUUAUCUUCUGAUAUUCAGGCUUCUGAUUCUGAUGACUUUCCAGGAAGUAAUCAGAAUCAGAAUCAGAAUCAGACUCAAAUCUCUAAAGACGAAAAAUGUGAUCUUUUUGUGGGAGAAUGGGUGCCAGACCUAUCUGGGCCAGUGUACACUAAUGAGAGCUGCCGUGUGAUUGAGCCUCAUCAAAAUUGUAUGAAGAAUGGACGUCCUGAUUCAGGGUACCUUUACUGGAGGUGGAGUCCAAGAGACUGUGAAUUGCCCAAGUUCAAUCCCAAGAAGUUUCUUAAGCUCAUGAGAAAUAAAUCAUUGGCCUUCAUUGGUGAUUCCAUCUCCCGUAACCAUGUUCAAUCCCUACUUUGCAUUCUCUCAAAGGUGGAACCAGCUGUUGAGAUCUACCAUGACAAGGAAUAUAGAUCAAAGAUAUGGAAAUUUCGCUCUCACAACUUCACACUCUCAGUAAUCUGGACCCCUUUCCUUGUUAAAGCAGCUAUAUUUGAGGACAUGAAUGGAGUGACCUCGGCAGAGAUACAGCUUUAUCUUGACACUCUAGACCAGUGGACCAACCAAUAUGAGAACUUUGACUAUGUUGUCAUUGGUGGUGGAAAAUGGUUUCUCAAGACUGCAAUAUACCAUGAAAACAGAACAGUCACCGGCUGCCACUACUGCCCUGGAAAGAACUUAACAGAACUAGGAUUUGACUAUGCAUACCGCAGAGUACUCCAAGAAAUUUUCAAAUUCUUCGCAAACUCUAAUCACAAAGCCACUGUUCUCUUUAGAACCACCACACCUGACCACUUUGAGAAUGGGGAGUGGUUUAGUGGAGGGUAUUGCAAUAGAACUGUACCCUUCAAAGAGGGUCAGAUUCAUAUGAUAGAUGUGGAUUCCAUCAUGAGAGGCAUUGAACUUGAAGAGUUUGAGAAGGCUGCUUCCCUAGGAUCUCAAAGGGUGAACUUGCAACUUUUGGACACAACUCUCCUUUCAUUGCUGAGACCAGAUGGACAUCCUGGACCUUACAGGAAGUUUCAGCCAUUUGCAAAAGAUAAGAAUGCUAAAGUUCAGAAUGAUUGUCUACAUUGGUGUUUGCCAGGACCAAUUGACUCGUGGAAUGACAUAAUAAUGCAAAUGCUAGUCAAUGCCUGA